UGGGGUGUCAAUUGCCCCCACAAUUGAACAUUCAUGGAUAAUCCAAAUGCUUUUGUGGAUAGUGGUAGUAUUCAUGAUGAAGGCAUAGAAGUUGACAACUUUAAUGUUGAAAAUGAAGAUGCAUGGUGGGAGCCUAAAACAGAUAUGUGUUUUUCUAGCAUAGAUGAUGUUAAAUCAUUUUAUAGAGAAUAUGCUUUGAGAAAGGGUUUUGAUUGGAAGAUUAGAACAUCGAGAAAAGGAAAGGAUGGGGAGGUAUGCUACUUAAUUCUUGCAUGCACAAGAGAUCGGGCUGAAGUGACGAAAAGUGUAUGUACAUUGAAGACACGUCCGACAAUGGGAAAAAGUUGUCCUGCUAAGAUUUGUAUCAAGUUGAAAGCAGAUGGAUUGUGGUACAUUAACAAAUUUGAGCCUAAUCAUUCUCAUCAUACUAGCCCUACAAAGGCAAGGUUGUUCAAGGCUAACAAGAAUAUGGACUUGCAUGUAAAGAGGACAAUUCAAAUCAAUGAUGAUGCAGGUGUGAGGAUCAACAAGACUUUUCAAUCUCUUGUUAAAGAUGCAGGCGGGCAUGAAAAUGUACCAUUUAAUGAAAGAGAUGUGAGGAAUUAUGUUAACAAGGAACGACGUGCAAUUGGAAAAGAAGGUGAUGGCAGAGGAACUAAUGACAACAAUUCUCAAAGAGUGACAAAUCAGUUUGACAGCAACAUCUACAUUGAACCAUAUGUUGAUGUUGUAAGUGGUGGAAAUUUGCUAGAUGCAAGUACAAUGGUAGUUAACUAGUAUGGACAACUCUAAUAUUUUUUGGACAAAAGCUAAUGCACUCACUGCUAAGAAGAUGAAGUGGCCUUUUGUGUGUAUAUAACAAGACUUAUAUAACAAUGAUAUUGUGUUUUUUGGUGGCCAGAUCAUGGGGACAAAGGUCUAUACAUAGUCAUGAAUUUCAUUUUUUUUUUUUUUUGGGAAAACAUGUCUGUAAAGUCAACAUUAGGUACAAUGUUAGUUAACUUAUGUAAUUUAAGUUUUAUUUUGUGAUGUACUUAAUCAACCAUAGAAAUGGUGUUGCAGUAAUGGACAAAUUAGUGAAUAUAAUGCAGCAAUGUUA